AAAAAGUUUAACAUUAGCAAUUGUAUUUACUUAAUGGCGGUUAUAUCUUCACAUGUGAUUUCGUUUGAAUAAUCGAGAUAAAAAAGAAAAAUGGAUUUGUUGGGAAGUAUUCUCAAUUCGAUGGACAAACCGCCGACAAUUAAAAAUGAACAGAAAGAAUUAUUAAAAAAGCAAAAAGAACAGAUGAUUAAAAGACAGGCUGCAGAUAAAGCAAAUUUGAAGCGAUUUCGAGAACAAAUUGAAAAAAGAAUAACAGAAUUCAUAAAAGAUUCCAGCAUGCAGAAAUUUAAAUUUGAGCCUAUGGAUAAAGUCAGUCGUUCCAUAGUACAUGAUGUUGCUGAUGUAGGAGGAUUAACUGCAUUUUCAUUUGGUGAUGAUGAAGUAGACAGGCAUGUAAUGGUUUUUAAAAAGGAGUUUGCUCCCUCAGAUGAUGAACUCUUAGCUUACAGAAAAGGAGAAGAAUGGAAUCCUGAAAAAGCUAAAGAAGCAGCUCAGCGAAAGUUCCCAGCGACAACAAGAGAGACCAACGUUCGAUCGAACAGACACUGGCCGACAUCCGUGCCAAAAAGAAACAGAAGACCGAACACACAGAAUUACAGAAAUAAUUCUCUCUACAAUUAAAUUAUAGGAACGUUACGUAUACAAAUGUUCUCGAGACUUUUAUAGAGUUAUUGUUGCAUAGAAACGAAGCGGUUGCAUUUUAAUUUUAUCUAAUCGUUAAAGAAAUGUGACAUAUAUGGAUCGAAUCAUAUCCAAAGAAAUUACGUAACGACACUCGACACCAUUAGAGAUUGAUUUUACUUAUUUAUUUUGUAUGAUAUAAAAAAUGUCAUGUAAAUUUAACCGCAAUAUUUUCAAAUUCUCGAUUACACCCCCAAACCGAAUAUUACAGUUAUUCAUUUUACCUAGAUUAUUAUUUGUUUCAUAGCUCAAAAUAACAUCAACUUAACGUUAAAGAGAGCAAUUGUAAAAUAACACGUAAACAUAUUUUUAAAUUUAAUUAGUUUAACUUUAAAAUAAAAAAAAA